GGCUGACGUGGUCGGCGCGGCGAUGGAGGAGGAAGAGGAGGUGGAGGAAGAGGCGUGGUUGAUGGAGUCCCUGAGGCUGUACAACGACCUCCACCUGUUUGAGCUUCCCAGGCCCACCAGAGUCAUCGAGUGGACAGAAGACCAGUGCAUCUGUGUGGCCGGAUAUGGGAACAAGGGCAGGAAUGAAAUUCUGCAGCUCCUUCUGCCCCUCAGGCUGCUUGCAAAGCAGAAUAAGGGCCUGUGUCCAGAGAGAGAUUUCAAGGUGCAGCGGGGUGGAAUGUGUGAUCGCCCCGUGUACAGGCUGAAACAUGUCCCGGAAACCAGCUUGCUGGUGACAAGUGGCCCACCGGACACUGCACUGCAGGUCUGGUGUGUGGAACCAGAUGAAACAGAUAUGAUUAAGCUCCUGAGCAUCGUCUCUCCCACGAAGACAGAGGAGUGUUCCUGGUCCAGAAUUGCAACUGGCUGCGCCACGCCUGCUCGCGUCCUCCACGGGCUGAGAAUGUGCAAUCUCCAAAUGACGGAAAUUGAAUCCGGGCAAAGUCUCUUCGUGGCAGCCUCCGCCAGCCCCGAUGAAAUCGCCACCCUGGACUUCCUGGACAAAGCCACCGCCGUGGUCUGCAGCGCCAAAGGGCAGCUGUUCCUGGCCGACGUCAGGCAGCCCCAGGGGCUUCUGAGAGCGGUCGAGGAGGCCCAGCCCCCAUGGGCACCAGGAGAGGGGAUGAGCUGGUGUGCAGGAGUGGGCCCUGGAGAGAUGCCCCUGGUUGCCCGCCUCUCGUCGGGAGGCCUUGUGGUGCUGACGGAUAUCAGGCGCUCGUCCAGCCCCCUGAAAAUGGCCCGGUGCUGCGUGCCAACCCCUGCUCUCAGUGGGGCAGACUUCCUGUCCAUCAGCUUGGCUCCUGUUCUGGGGGACUGCCUGGCAGUGUCAGGUUUUGACGGGACCGUUCAGGUCUACGAUACGCACGGCUGGGACUCCUCAGGGCAGGAAGCCAAGCCGGUGUUCAUUCACAAAGGACACACCUUCGGCACCCCAGGCAAGGACGGGGGCAGUCCGGUGGUCACCACCCACAGCUGGCACCCUUGGAAGCCCCAGACAUUACUCUCUGCCGCAAGUGACGGGUCGCUGCAUGUGUGGGACUGGUCUGACCCUCGAGCGAGCAAGCUGUCCAGUGUCACGCCCUCUGUCCCCCCUCCCUCGGGGAGCAUCCCCUGAGGUCCCCUGCAAUCCCGGCCCUCCAAGGCACAUCCUGGAAAAGGAGUCUCUAGAUGUAAACGGUAUGUGGGAAUGACCUCAGGAGACAGGAGGAAGAG